AUGUCCUACUACGGAAUCCACGACGCGAAAGUAGAUUUCACGAUCUGCAUCACCUGCCAGUCUGAGAUAUUCGCAUGGAUGGCCGAAAUCUUUGCGUGCCCGACCUGUGGUGGUACCGAAUAUGCAUUUCCUGAAGAACCAUUUUGCCCGGAAGUGCAGGAGUAUAGCAGUCGUGCAUCUGGACGAGGAGCGGAGAUGCAAGACUCGUUCCCACCCCAACUCCGAAAUCCGUCCAGCGCAUCGAAACCGAAAUGCAGUGGCAGCGCCCGUGUACUUUGUACCAGCCAACGCCCGCCAGGACCUGUCGCCAUCGCCGAAUUUACGAAAACUCUCUUGUGA